CCGCUUUGGGCGACGGCCCCGGGGACCCGGAGCGCUGGAGCGGACGGACCGCAGAGGUUGUCUGAAGGCCGAGGCCAAGAUGGCGGCGCUGGCGGCUCCCGGCCUGCUCCGCCCCAUCCUUGCUCUGCGCUCCGGCGUGGGCGCCGCUGUGCAGGUGCGAGAUGUCCAUCCCAGCGUGGCCACUGAGGGCCCGAGCAGCACCCAGCCCGCCAUGUCCCAGGCCAGAGCCGUGGUCCCCAAGCCCACCGCCCUUCCCAGCAGCCGGGGCGAGUACGUGGUGACCAAGCUGGAUGACCUCAUCAACUGGGUCCGCCGGAGCUCGCUGUGGCCCAUGACCUUCGGCCUGGCCUGCUGCGCUGUGGAGAUGAUGCACAUGGCGGCGCCGCGCUACGACAUGGACCGCUUCGGCGUGGUCUUCCGUGCCAGCCCCCGCCAGUCGGAUGUGAUGAUCGUAGCGGGGACGCUCACCAACAAGAUGGCCCCCGCGCUCCGCAAGGUCUACGACCAGAUGCCGGAGCCUCGCUACGUCGUGUCCAUGGGGAGCUGCGCCAACGGAGGCGGCUACUACCACUACUCAUACUCCGUGGUCAGGGGCUGCGACCGCAUCGUGCCCGUGGACAUCUACGUCCCAGGCUGCCCGCCCACGGCCGAGGCCCUGCUGUACGGCAUCCUGCAGCUGCAGAAAAAAAUCAAGCGGGAGAAGAGGCUCCGGAUCUGGUACCGCAGGUAGCGCCCGCCUGGCCUCCCCGCCGCGUCUGCCGCCUCAUCCUUCUGCCAGACGGUCAAUAAACCCGACACACCCA